AUGAAUUUUGAUACUCUCUUUCGGCGUUUUAUAUUGACGCAAUCAUUUGUUCGUGGUUGGGGAAAUCCAUCACAUUUACAAGAAAUUUUUAAAUUUCGAAGAGAAAAAAUUGGUGUAAGAAAUGAAUGUUUAAAACUUGUACCAGCUGAAAGUGUACAAGAAAAUACUAUUGAAAUUAUUAAACAAGAAACAAAAGGUGAUCUACAAUACUUAAAUGGUCGAUUUCGUUCACCACUUGCGGAUCAUUUACCAAAUUUAGUUUCACCUGAAAUAGCAACAGCUCAUUUUCAACUUGUGUUACCACGUAAUCAUCGUAUUGGUAUUGAUUCCAUACCAAUAGGUAUUUGUUAUGCUGGAACAGGUGAUCAAGGUUAUGGACGACGAAGAUUACUCACUGCUGUACCAUUAAUUAAUCAAUAUCGUAUUGGUACAAUUCUUCUAGAAAAUCCAUAUUAUGGUUUCAGAAAACCGACUCUUCAAUCUCGUUCAUCAUUGUUCUAUGUAACUGAUUUAUAUAUCAUGGGUAAAGCACUUAUUUUAGAAACAAUUUUAUUACUGCAUUGGUGUCAAAAAAUGAAAUUAUCACCAGCUAUUUUACAUGGUUAUUCUCUUGGUGGGCAUAUGGCUUCAUUAGCUUUUACAAAUUGGCCUGGUCCACUUUCUCUUCUAUCUUGUGCAUCAUGGUCAUCAAGUUCAACAGUAUUUUGUGAUGGUGUACUUUCACGAACUAUUCCAUGGGCACUUUUCAAAAAACAAUUCUACGAAAAUAAAGCAUAUCAAACAUUUUAUGAUUAUUUAUGUUCACAAAAAAAGUCGACAAAUUCAGAUACAAUUAUUAGUGAUCCUAUUAAACAUAUGAUGCGUCUUCUUAUGGAUGAAUUUACAUCUUUACAAAACUAUUCACGUCCAGUUGAAUCGAAUAUAAAUAAUGCUUUAUUUGUUGCUUGUGCUAAUGAUGGAUAUGUAUUACGUGAUGGUAUUCCACAUAUGAAUGAUGUAUGGCCUGGUUGUCAUAUUCGAUAUAUUCCACGUGGACAUAUUAGUGGAUUUCUAUUCAAUCAAUCUGGUUUUCAACAUGCUAUUGCUGAAAUGUUACAACGACAAGAACCAAAUGUAAAACUAAAAAAGAAUCCAAUUGUAUCACCAAUCUCUGUUACAACAUCUUCAAAUUCAUAA